GGUGUACUUCUCUUGUCGUAUGCAAAAUCCGGGACAUUGGCCAACGAUUGCGCCCCCACCCCCUUUUUAAAAAUUUUCGAAAGGUCCAAUCAAUCAUUGAAUGAUUGAAGUAAUUUAAGAGGCCAUUUCUGAUUUCCACAAUUGGCGAUACAAAUUUCCGCAGUUGCGGUCUGGCGAGAUCAAAAGUGUGAUGGAGGGCUCCGCUCGCGUUCAGAAAAUGUCCAAACAGAAGAAAGAUCGAAACUUACUCGCUUUCACCGGAGCUGCAGCUUUUCUCGCAAUCGCCGUCAGCCUCGCAGUCACCGCCAUUAACUCUCAUAGGGCAAAGCGCAAGAAAAAAGUUCUUCCGGGUUCUAAUGUACGGGUCAACCUUUCUGCUUCUGAGAUUCUUAGGCUGGCAGACCGCAUCAUUGUCAAGUCAAAAGAGGUUCACGAUGCAGUUGCUUCAGUGCCACUUGACAAGGUCAUGUAUAUGAAUGUUGUCGCACCUCUAGCAGAAUUAGAAGCUGAACAAUUCCCACUGGUCCAAUCUUGUGUCUUCCAAAAGUUGGUAUCCGUUUCAAAGGAUGUGCGUAAAGCAAGUGCUGAAGCAGAGCGUAGAAUAGAUGACCAUAAUUUGAUGUGCAGUAAACGUGAAGAUGUAUACCGUGUCAUCAAAGCUUUGGCUGCAAGGGGUGAAUGGAUGAACUCUGAAGCUAAGAAUUACGUUCAAUGCCUGAUUAGAGAGUUUGAGCGGAAUGGAUUAAACCUCACUGUAAGCAAGAGAGAGGAAGUGCAGCGUUUGAGAGCUCAAAUUGAUGAGCUGAGUAUACGAUAUAUCCAAAAUCUAAAUGAUGAUUGUAGUUUUCUUCUCUUCAAUGAGACUGAGCUAGAUGGGUUACCACCAGAGUUUCUUAAGAGUUUAGACAAAGCUGACAACGGCAAAUUUAAAGUUGCUCUGAGAAGUCAGCAUGUCUCACCAGUGCUGGAGCAUUGUAAGAUAGGAAUGACGCGGAGGAUGGUGGCUGUCGCAUAUGGGAAGAGGUGUGGAGAGGUCAAUCUUUCCCUCUUAGAACGUCUGGUCCAGUUGCGGCAUAAAUUUGCUCGACUGCUAGGCUUUUCAAACUAUGCAGAUUAUGCUGUUGAUGUUAGGAUGGCACAAACAUCCUCGAAGAUAUUUGAGUUUUUGGAGGACAUAUCUGCCAGUUUAACUGACUUGGCCAAUAGAGAACUUUCUAUAUUGAAAGACUUAAAGAGCAAAGAUGAAGGUGAUAUUCCGUUAGGAGCUGAGGAUAUACUCUAUUAUGUGAAGAGGGUCGAAGAACAACAAUUUGAUCUGGACUUUGGAGCUCUUAAGCAGUACUUUCCUGUCAAUUUGGUUCUAUCCGGGAUCUUCAAAAUCAUUCAAGAUCUUUUUGGUUUGAGAUUUGAUGAAAUUAUAGAUGCUGAGGUUUGGCACAGUGAUGUUCGUCUUUUUUCGGUUUUUGACUUGAGUACUGGUCAACUCUUUGGUUAUUUCUACCUAGAUAUGUACUUCAGGGAAGGAAAAUAUGGCCAUACCUGUGUUGUGGCUCUCCAAAAUAGUUCAUUGCCUUUCAACAGUGCCCGACAGGUACCAGUAGCAUUACUUAUUUCUCAAUUCCAAAAGGAAGUUGAUGGUCGUCCUGGAUUGUUACGAUUUUCUGAAGUGGUUAAUCUUUUCCAUGAGUUUGGACAUGUGGUCCAUCAUCUUUGCAAUUGUGCAUUAUUUACUAGAUUUUCUGGGUUGCGCACUGAUCCUGACUUUGUGGAGAUCCCUGCUCAGGUGUUAGAAAAUUGGUGUUAUGAGAGCAUCUCUUUGAAGUUAAUAUCUGGUUUCCAUGAGGAUAUUACAAAGCCCAUCACUGAUGAAAUAUGUAAAUCUCUCAAAAGACGGCGAUAUUCCUUUUCUGCAGUUAAGCUGAAGCAAGAACUUCUCUAUUGUUUUUUUGAUCAGAUUAUUCACUCCACAGAAAAUGUUGACAUGGUUGAGUUAUUGAAGCAUCUUCAUCCAAAGGUGAUGUUAGGAUUGCCAAUGUUAGAAGGAACCAAUCCAGCUUCUUGUUUUCCGCGCUGUGCUAUUGGCUAUGAAGCUGUCUGCUAUAGCCGCAUUUGGAGUGAGGUUUUUGCGGCUGAUUUAUUUGCCUCAAAGUUUCGUGGCAGCCUUUUGAACGACUUUGUUGGUAUGCAAUUCAGGAAUAAGGUAUUGGCCCCAGGCGGGGCAAAAGACCCCGUAGAAAUAUUGUCAGAUUUCUUGGGAAGAGAACCAUCAACCCAAGCUUUUGUAAGCAGCAUAGUGGAGUCUAGCUUAUGAGCCAGAAGAGCAUCCCCACUCAUCUCUCAGACAAGAUUCUCAGCAUCCUGGCGCUUUUUUUGCCCCAGUAGAAAUUUCUGGUUGCUAAUUCUUUCAGAUGAUGCUUGGCUCAUAUUGUGAUUUUACUAUUUAUUUGUGAUAUUUUUAGCACUGCGUAGUUCAUUGCUUGAUCGGCUGGUUGGAUUGUACAAUGGCAAAUUCUUUGUUGAUCAAUUUUUAUCACUCAUUGCUUUCGUCUCCA